GGCAAGUCUCCUGCGACUUCUGCUUCUCUUCUGUGCGCGUCUUCCUCGGACGUGCGAGCACCGACUUGCUGUUGAGAUGAUGUCUGCGCCAGAAGUUCGGCCUUUCAAUCCAAAGGCUCUCGUUGAACGGCCCUGGUGGCAGCAGCUCCACGCAAUCAUUCUCCAAGCGUCCAAACUAACCCGUCAAGCCUGGCCGUUGCCGGGAGGCUUCCAACGCCUUGGACCAGACGCCGCCAGGGCAGGCCGUGAGCUAUGCGAAGAAGUAGACUCCCAAUCCACGAUCGCUGUUGCUCUUCUGGCCGAGGCUCCGGUAUGGGUGCGCGGUUGUGCAGAGGUUCAAAGAUCAUCCGACAAGGCGAUGUGGAUGGUACCGAGCGUCGAUGAGGGAGCUUCAAAGACUGAAGCCACGCCAAAUGCAGUAGAACGAAGAUGGGAGAUAAAUCUGGUAACGACGGCACCAGCGUAUCGAGAAAAUGGCAUCGCGCGCGAACUGGUAAGCACGCUCGAGCAGUACGUUCUGCGUAAUUACGGGCCCUCGCAACUCAUGGUAUACACCGUGGACGAGAUAUCAGGCGCUUACUGGCGCAAGGUGGGGUUCUAUACCGCAGAAGAGUUCUGCAUAGUCCUACCGAAGGGCUUCUCGCACGUCAGGGACGCGCCAGAUGAGUUUCGAAUACAGAAAGAUGUGAAGUUGUUGGCGGGCCAGAAGAGAAUACAUUGAGCAUGUUAAU